AUGCCCGCUUUCCAGUUCCUGAAACUUGACGACACCACCAACAUGGCAUCGUCGAUCGCGACUGGAUUUGUGCGGAAGCUGUACCGCAUGCUUGAGGAAGAAGAUGCAUCCAUCAUUGGCUGGGAGCCUUCUGGCACUCACUUCACCAUCCGGGACGAAGACCUGUUGAAUUCGCGGGUGCUUAUCAAGUACUACCGCGGAAAGUUGACGGCAUUUCGCCAGCAGCUCCUGAACCACGGGUUCGAACGCGAUGGGGCGUUGUCUGAAACGUAUGUACAUCCGUGCUUUGUGCGCGGCAAUCCCGCCGCGUUGAGCCAGAUUGUGUUUGCAGAGAAACCCAAAAUCAAAGGGCCACCUCGGAAAGCCUCUACCAAAAAAGACACAACCAAGGCCGCGCGACCAGAGCCAUACCCCACGCGGAAACCAGCGAAUAUCCAGCUGGUCCCUGGCAGCGAAGAAGACGUCGUGUGGAAGUUUCUCAUCAACGUGUGCUACUCGGACGACAAACUCGCGUUCAACCCGGCGUCAUUGACCAGCAACCCUGGGUUCACGCCGUCCAUGGUGCAGUUGACCAUCGACGACGCGACGCCUGCUCCGUGUUUCGAUGGCCCGAACCCGCUGUUUGCCCCAACCGCUUCCAACUUUGGGUCCAAGUCGUCGUCGCUGCCGCCAAUGCUGGCCCCUCCAGCGUCAUUUCAAGUGCUAAAGCCGGCGCCGCCACUACAAUCGUCGCCAGCAGCAUCUUCGUUGUUUGCACCUCCAAGCAGCACAUCUCGUCUAGUGAUGUCUCCAACAAAGCCGCCAUCCUCUGGCGGAUCACUGCUGUUCCAACGACCUCUCCACUCCACCACAACCAUCCCUGCCCCCCCACCUCCUUCGCUCCUCUUCCGGCCACCAGGAGCCACGGCAAUCACGCCACCGCCAGCCGUGCCUACACCGCUACCUUCUGCCAAUCCCCUCUUCUCUCACACAUCCCCCGCAACCAACGCAUCGACGUCCGGCACCAACCCCUUGUUUGACAAGUCAGCGACCCCCACCGGAUUUGGUGCGUUGCCGCUGUCGUCUCCCAAUGGGUUGCCAUCGUCUAUGGGCAAGGACAAGCCGUUGUUCAUGCGAGACAACUCGCUUGGCGGCGACCAGUGGCAGCAUCUCGUGUCGACGUCCGUCGAUCGCUUCAUGAAGUUCUCGGACACGUUCGACUCGCCGGAAGAUACGUUCAAGUUCGUUCUUGAGGAACGCCAGAGGCUGGGGGCGGAAAAGACCAAGCUUGCUCCCGACCAGUCGACGGGAUUGUUUUCCGGUUUGGCCAACCAAGGCCCGGACGCACUCAUCUCGUUCCUCAUGACGUCGUCGAUGGACUUGCUCCAGAAGAGUGUCGACACAUUUGAAACCAACCAGCUACAGCAAGAGCAACUUGUGCAGCAACGCGACGGCCACACGACCGAAGACGACGACGACGUAGACGACGAAUGGGAAGAUGGAGAUGAUGCACACUUGUAGAUUAUAGCUAACGUUAGCAAAUAAUAUUGUCCUUUGUACCCAAAAUUGGGACUUUUGUGCUGA